AUUUGGGUUCAGUUAGUCUAGCGAUCGGUUGUGUUUUGUGUUUAUUGUUUUGCCGGUAUGCACGUGGUAAUUUUUUACAAUUAUAAUCGAAUGAAGUGAAUGUACUAUUGCUACUUACUUUGGAUAGUGGAGAGUUCGCUCGAGCAGGUGUAAAACUUGCCUUUGGGUCUCUCAUCCACCUUUUCAGACUACAGCCUAAGUCUCUGGUUUCCAAAAGCUUGAGUAUUCUGAUAAACCUCUCAGUGAACAAGUGGUUUUCUCGGACAACAAAUUCAAUUUCAGGAGAUAAAGAGCUUUCACCAUUAGUCUGGAAGACGUCGUUAGAAAUGGACAGCUUCAGGUUUGGCAUUGUCGACUAUGUCGUGUUCCUUGGCACUACCAUUUUAUCCAUUGGUAUAGGAGUGUAUUACGGUUGGAUAAAAAAAACCAAGAGAAAUACGGAAACAUGUACUCCAAGUGCUCCUUCAGGAAUAAAAUCAAAGCGGGAUUUGGGUUCAGAAAAGAUGAACGAAUAUCUGAUGGGAUCCCGCAAUCUGAAAGUGCUUCCCGUAGCUAUGAGUCUAAUAGCCAGCUAUAUUUCGGGCGUUUCAAUUCUUGGCACUCCUUCAGAAAUCUAUAAUUACGGCACACAGUAUUGUCUUAUUGUCAUACCAAUUAUUGUCCAUGGACUGAUUGUCUCAUAUGUCUAUUUGCCAGUGUAUUCCACUCUUCAGGUUGGCUCAUCGUUCGAGUACCUAGAGAUGCGUUUCCAUUCGAGUAUACGAAGCAUAGCCUCUAUUAUUUUCGUGUCAAAUGUGGCUUUAUAUUUACCCUUUCUGGUCUAUUUACCUGCUUUGGCUUUAAAUCAGGUAUCAGGCCUUGAUAUGUAUCUUAUAGAAGUAUUGAUUAUUGUGGUGUGUGUUAUAUACACGAUAUUGGGCGGUCUUAAGGCUGUGGUACACACAGAUGUCUGGCAGGUGUUGAUCAUGUUUAUCUCAGUCGUGGUUGUGGCUAUUCUGGCCACUUGCUACAUCGAGGACUUUGAGGCGUUUUGGCAAGGUUUAGAGCAGGGAGGACGACUUAUAAUUGCCAACAUUAGUCCCUCCCCUUACGACCGUCAAACAGUUUGGAGCGUUCUCAUCGGUGGCCUAUUUUACUGGACUUCAACGAAUGCUAUAUCCCCCACGAUGGUACAUCGGUACAUGUCCCUUCCCUCGCUCAACAAGGCCAGAGCAGCCAUCGGCAUAUUCAGCGUUGGAUCUGCUCUCUUUAUCAUUAUUCUUUGCUUCUUGGGAGUGUUGAUUUUUCACACAUUCCACGACUGCGAUCCAUUGAGUGCUGGAAUGAUCCUGGAUGAUGAUCAACUGAUGCCCCUCUUUGUGAUCAAGGUUGCUGGUCAUAUCUAUGGCAUGCCUGGUCUCUUUAUAGCCGGAAUAUUUGGAGCUGGCCUAAGUUCCCUGUCGGUGUACUUCAACUCCACAUCGCUAGUGUUCCUUGAGGAUAUAGUGCGUGGCUGCUUUAAAAUGCAACCCGGCGAAAGAGCCUCCACAAUUUUAGUGAAAUCCAGCAUUGUUGUCCUGGGUGUCCUGGCUUUUGCUCUAAUCUUCCUCCUCGAGCAGGCAAGUGGCGUCUUGAGCAUCUGGACCUCAGUGGCAGCCAUUGCAUCGGGAGCUACAUUUGGAAUUUUCACCCUGGGAAUGCUGGUUCCUUGGGCAAACACCAUAGGCACAGCAGUGGGAGCAAUUGCCGGGUUCCUCCUUUCAGGAUGGAUAACUUUUGGAAUGCAGAUCACAGCCGCAGCAGGACAACUAAACUCCCAGAAGCUUCCCGUUUCCGUGCAGGGUUGUACGGGCAAUGUGACGCUUCCAGAAAGUAUUUGGAAGGACGAGGAUCAGGUGUUUCCUCUGUACCGGUUGUCCUAUCUUUGGGUGACCCCCAUCGGAGUGCUUACGUCCAUCGUGGUGGGCUCUCUGGUCUCCCUGGUGACCAAACCCACAGAUAUGAAGUCUGUUAAUCCAGAUUUAAUAUCCCCAGUGAUUCACAGAUUCCUUCCAAAGGACUGCUUUAAACGUUUCAAUAAUGCUGAGGGGCGCGCUGAUCUUGAUAAUAGGAUAUAAAAUAUUUGUUUCUUUCGUACUAUUUCACUUUGUUAUUUUGAUUAAUUAUAUGUUAGCCUGAUUCCGUUUAUAUUUUUUUCUUAAUUCAUUAAAGCCUGCACCGAAAUACUAAAAGCUAAAAGAAUGAAGAUAGUUUUUAUAUUCAUUCUAUGAAUUUUCCAGACUGAGAAGUAAAUAUUAAAGACCUUUAAAAUUGAGUUUUAUAAAAAGUGCACGGUUUUGGAAAUGUCGUUGAUAAAGUCAUAGCCCCCA